AUGAUGCAGAGUAUGAUGGAAGUAGACUUGGGCAAGGCCCAGGUCAUAGAUAACGUGCCAAAGGUUAUCAAAGAGCUGAAGUUUGGUGCUCUAUCGAACGAUGACAUCCUCAGUCAAGCUGUUGUCGAAAUUUCGGACCGCAGAUUCUACGACCUAGAGCGCAAUCGAGUAGUUCAAGACAAUGGGCCUUUGGACCGACGGCUUGGUGUAAGCUCCAAGACGGAUAAAUGCCUCACUUGUGACUAUGGACAUAAAGAAUGUAACGGCCAUUUCGGACACGUGCGACUCGUGCUUCCCGCAUUUCACAUAGGAUAUUUUAAACGUGUUAUUGGUAUACUGCAGGUGAUUUGCAAAGAAUGUUCUGCGAUACUGCUUCCUGAAUCGGAGCGUCGUGCUUUCUUGAAAGAGAUGCGACGGCCUCGAAUGGACAACUUGAGACGUCUGCAGGUUGCAAAGCGAGUUGUGGAACGCUGCAAGAAGACCAAGGACUGCCUCGUGUGCGGUGCGAUUAAUGGCGUGGUAAAGAAAGCUGGCACGAGUGCGCUGAAAAUCGUUCAUGAAAAGUUUCGCCAUUUUAACCAGUCGACAGCUACGAAGAAGGUUGAACCAAUUAGCAAGACGGAGUUCGACAAAUCGUUGGCCGAAGCCAGGGCGUCGAAUCCUGAGGUCGAAAGAUACUACAAGAAAGCUCAAGACGAUAUGAAUGCACUUCGAGUCUUGAACUUGUUCAAGAAAGUAACCAAUGCGGACUGUGAGCUUUUGGGUCUAGACCCGACAGAGGUUCGACCAGAAACGUUUCUCUGGCAGUUCAUUCCCGCGCCACCGAAUUGUAUCCGUCCAUCGGUGAGCCAGGAUGGCGCAUCGAAUGAAGACGAUUUAACUGCCAAAUUGGGAGAUAUUGUUCAGAGCAAUAUCACUCUCAGAAACAACUUGAAGAAAGGAGCGCCAAUCCAUACCAUCAUUGAAUGCUGGGACUACAUGCAGCUGCAGAUCGCUAUAUAUAUCAACGGUGAUAUCCCGGGCCUAAAAGCUGAGGUUGGAAAACCGGUGCGCUCAUUGGUUUCUCGCUUGAAAGGAAAACAGGGAAGAUUUCGAGGUAACCUGUCUGGAAAGCGUGUAGAUUUUUCUGGACGAACAGUUAUAUCUCCGGAUCCCAAUCUGCGAAUUGAUGAAGUAGCAGUCCCAGAACUGGUGGCGAAGAAUAUGACAUAUCCAGAGGUAGUCACUCGCUAUAACAGGGAAAGGCUACAAGAACAUGUGCGCAAUGGACCCAAAAAAUGGCCAGGUGCAAAUGCAGUUAUCAAACCUGGUAUAAGGCUUCUUCUGAAAUUCGGCAACCGUCAUAACCUGGCUUCGAAUCUGCAGAUAGGAGACGUUGUCGAACGUCAUCUCGUUGACGGCGAUAUUGCACUAUAUAAUCGACAACCGUCACUUCACAAACUCAGUAUUCUCUCUCACUUUGUGAAAGUUCGUCCUUACAGGACAUUCCGCAUGAACGAGUGUGUUUGUAAUCCAUACAAUGCCGAUUUCGACGGAGAUGAAAUGAACCUGCACAUUCCCCAAACUGAGGAAGCUCGCUCAGAGGCGAUGGAACUGAUGGGUGUGAAAAAUAACUUGGUCACACCAAAGAAUGGCGAGCCUAUUAUUGGUGCUAUCCAAGAUUUUAUCAGUGCAGCCUAUAUCUUGAGUAGCAAGGACAACUUUUUCGAUAGAAGGUCUUUUACCCAGAUUUGCAUGUACAUGCUUGGGCCUGACACUCGAUUUGACCUCCCACCACCCUCUGUAGUUAAACCACAAAUGUUGUGGACCGGGAAACAAGUCUUCAAUAUUCUCAUGCGGCCCAACAAAGACGAUCCAGUCAAGGUCAACAUUGAUGCUGCUUGCCGAGAAUUUAAACAUCCGAAGGACGGGCGUCCAAAGGAUCUAGACCCUAAUGAUGGCUGGCUCGUUAUUCGCAACUCAGAAAUCAUGUGCGGUGUGAUGGACAAGAGCACGAUUGGCUCAGGAAAGAAAGAUAAUGUCUUUUACAUCAUGUUGAGAGACUUCGGUCCCGUAGCCGCAGCAGAAGGCAUGAAUCGACUUUCAAAAUUAUGUGCUAGAUGGUUCACGAAUGUUGGUUUUUCAAUCGGUAUCACAGAUGUGUACCCUAGUGAGAGACUGGUUCAAUCGAAAAAUGAUUUGGUUGAGAAGGCUUAUGCUGCUUGUGACGAUGUCAUAGCUCAAUACAAAGCCGGAAGGUUGGAAAAGCUGCCUGGCUGUGAUGAACUACAAACCAUGGAAAAUAAAGUGACUGGUAUUCUAUCCAAAGUCCGUCAACAGGCAGGUGAAGAAUGUAUUGCGCAAUUGAGCAAAUACAACGCACCUCUUAUCAUGGCUACGUCUGGUUCUAAAGGUUCCAGUAUCAACGUCUCUCAGAUGGUGGCAGUCGUGGGCCAACAAGUCAUUAGCAGUGAACGUGUCCAAGACGGAUUCCAAGACCGAACAUUACCUCACUUCCCCAAAAAUGCUCGUCAACCCCCAUCGAAAGGUUUCGUCCGCAACAGCUUUUUCUCUAGUUUGACACCUACCGAGUUCUUUUUCCACGCCAUGUCCGGUCGUGAAGGUUUGAUCGAUACUGCUGUUAAAACUGCCGAAACUGGUUAUAUGUCUCGUCGUUUGAUGAAGUCACUUGAAGAUCUGUCCGCCAAGUAUGAUGGAACUAUUCGCACCUCAUCGGCCAGUCUUGUUCAAUUCAGCUACGGAGGAGAUGACUUGGAUCCCGUUAACAUGGAAGGCAAUGCCAAGCCAGUUCACUUUGACCGCACCUAUAAUCACGCCGUGGCAAUAACGCAUGAUAAUCAGGAUCGUGGCCUUCUUCCAUCGGAGAUCAUGCAGAUCACAGAGAAGGUGUUGUCUAAGGAACGAGCGAGAUUUGAGCGCAAAGGUCUCUUUGGUGAAGCACUUGGCUACAUGGAACGAACUGAUUAUGGUAUCGAUCAGUAUGAGAGUGCUCGUGACUUCAUUGAAUCUGUCCAUGCUUAUAUUGAAUCGAAAGCAAAUAAUAUCAUUGCAUUGGGAGGUAACCUCGAGUCCGUGUCAGAUAAUCAAGCACAGAAAGCUUUGAACCAUGUUGGAAAAUUAUCAGAGAAAUCACUUCGGUAUUUCAUCGAGUCUUGUCUGUCUAAAUACGAAAAGGCGAAGAUCGAGCCUGGUCAUGCAGUAGGUGCGGUGGGUGCACAAUCAAUUGGGGAGCCGGGAACACAAAUGACAUUGAAAACUUUCCAUUUUGCUGGUGUUGGUAACUUGGCCCUCACUCAGGGUGUCCCACGUAUCAAAGAAAUCAUCAAUGCUUCGAAGGAGAUUAGUACACCAGUCAUUGCUUGUCACCUCGACUUCAGCAAGCAAAAACCUCUAGAAGAGCAAGCCUUCUUGGCGCGGGUUACCAAAGGAAGAAUCGAGAAAACCUUCUUGCGUGAUAUUGUUCACUACGUGAAGGAAACAUGGACGGGCAAAGAUUCCUAUAUUACAGUUAAGAUAAACACGGAAACCAUCAAAAAACUUCAGCUUGAAAUGCCUGUGAAACAAAUCGCGGAGGCUAUCAAAAACCACAAACGUUUCAAGGCGGACGACAUCCGGGUGGAUACAUUUCACACACAUAUUCAGGUCCACGUGGACAUGGAUCCAAAAACCAAAUCGACCCUGUCCAAGACAGAUAUCUCCCUAACAAGCGCAGACCCAUUCCUUCGAUUGAAGCAUCUUAAGCGUAUGCUGCCGGACAUUCAAGUCCUUGGCCAUCCUCAGGCCCGACGAGCUGUUAUUCACACCGAUGAUGUCACGCAUAAAUUACUCGUGGAAGGGUAUGGACUCAAGGAGUGUAUGACAACGGACGGUGUCGAUGGUCUCCACACAACUACCAACAAUGUCAUGGAGACCAAGACAAUUCUCGGUAUCGAAGCCGCGCGAGCUACCAUCGUCAACGAGAUGAGUGCAGUCAUGAAGGAUAUGGACAUUGAUCCUAGACAUAUGCAUCUCUUGGCGGACAUCAUGACUACUACUGGUGAGGUGCUCGGUAUCACGCGUUUUGGCAUGUCCAAGAUGCGGGAUUCUGUCCUUCAACUUGCUUCCUUUGAGAAGACAGCCGACCAUCUUUUUGAUGCCGGUGGUACUGGGCGAACAGAUCGUGUGGAAGGAGUGUCCGAAUGCAUCAUCAUGGGCAAGACAGUGUCUCUUGGUACGGGCGCGAUGGAGGUUGUUCGCAAGCUGAAUUUCUACGAAGGACAUACCGGACCGAAGAAGACUGUCUUUGAGGAUUCUUGGUCUGAGCUAUACGGUAAUUCAGUUGUGCCGAAAAGACAAGUAAAGAAAUCACGGGGAUGA